AUGAAACGUUUGACCAAAAAGAUGGAGAAAGAAGCAUUGAAGAAAGGAGAAAGUUAUAAUGCUUUGAGGUUUUUUGCUGAUCCUUCUGGAACCUGGAAGAAUGAAGGGCAACUGACUCUUUUAGGUAGAGCGAGUCUUUUGUUGUUUGGUGAGAUAUUGGCAAAUGCGGUGAUUUGGAUCAUAGCUGGAAUCAUAUUUGCUUCUCAUGAUGGUGGUGGAUUGAUAGGAUUAGCUCUUCUUUCUUGGACUAUAGGACUAAGACAUGGAUUAGACGCAGAUCAUAUUUCUGCUAUUGAUAAUGCUACUAGACAAUUGGUAUCUUUAGGAAGAUUACCAAUUACAGUUGGAUUAUGGUUCUCUCUAGGUCACUCGACGAUAGUAAUAAUUGUCAAUAUUGCCAUAGCUAUCUCCGUGGAUAUUUACGAUAAACUCGAUAAAGUAGGUUCAGUGGGAGGUAUCGUAGGAACAUCCGUAUCUGCUUCUUUCCUUUUUCUCAUAGCUGUUCUCAAUUCUUACUUUCUUCAUUCCGCUCUUCGUGAUCGUCGUCGUCUCAAAAGAGCCCAAAGGUCAGGAUUACCCAUUGAAGAGCUUUCAUAUCAGGAGGAUUCAAGACGAAUACAAGGAGGAGGAUGUAUGGUCAGGAUCAUCGCACCAAUUUUGAAGGCGGUGGAUAGGGAAUGGAAGAUGUAUCCCGUUGGUAUAUUAUUUGGCUUUGGCUUUGACACAGCUUCAUCCAUUGCAUUACUAGCCAUCUCCGCCAUAGCUCAACGGGGUCCCCACGGCGAACAAAUUUCACAUGGCAAGAUUGUUCUAUUUCCACUAUUAUUCACCGCAGGAAUGUCACUUGUCGAUUCCCUCGAUUCGGUUCUCAUGCUAUAUGCAUAUGCUGCGCCAAGUCGCCAACAUCCCGAUGGAAAGCUGACAUUGUUUCAUCCUCGUCUUCCGAUAUCUGCGAGUUUGCCAACUGCACGAGAGGACGAAAAUGCGGCUGUUUCGGAGGAAUUGUUACCUUCACCUAGAAAUGAAGAGGCGCCGCUAAAAGUUGAGACAGGACGUGGGGGCACUGUGUUGGAGGAAGAAGCGGAUACCAAAUCGAAUGAUAUAGUCGAAGUCGGAGAGAUGGCUCAUGAGGAUGAACGUAUGGAGGGAAAAGUGUUGAGGAAAACAACGACAAUGUCGACUUUAUCAAUUAUACUUACUUUACUUUCCAUUGUCGUCGCUUUAAGCAUUUCCAUCAUCGAGAUCCUCGGUUUGAUAGGUGACAAUUGCUCGUCUUGUUCCGCCGCUGCACAAGAUCCGAAUAGCGGGCUGAGAGGGAAUUGGUGGCGUUUUUGGGCAAAGACGAACGAUGAGAGUGGGUAUAUAGGUGCUGGGAUCGUGGGUAGUUUUGUUGUGAUUGUAGGGGGAUGGUACGGGGGAAGAUGGGCGUGGCGAAGACGAAAUCGAAGUCGAAGAGUAGAAUGAAGCUUGAAGCAUAUGUUAUGAUCUUGACAUCUUG